AGAGCCCUUAAUUUAUAUAGCUAGAUUAGACUCCUAAAACUGGGUGACGUUGAACUAGAGUCCCAUUCUGUAAUCUGAUGAGGAAACAAGUCAGUCUGUCUGUCUUCUUCCACCUGGGGGUUUAAAUCUGCAGCUUUAUACACCUUUUCAAAGGUUUAUGUGUUGCCUCAAAUAAAAUUUAAUGCUCUUCUUUUUCAGAAUAGCUGCUAUAUCUAUGGCCACUAAGUUAACAGAUCUACAGCUUGGGGAUUCAGUGGAAAUUAGUAGGCUUAUUACGAAAAAAGAAAUGAAGCAGGCCAGGUUGCAAUGUGAUGAAGAAUGCUUAGCUCUUCAGAGGAACAGGCGUCUUGCUGAGGCUCUCGAAAUAGAUGAUAAUUCUGAUCCUUUUAAUAUCCGUUCUUCUGGACCAAAGUACAGUGACCUUUUAAAAGAAGAUGCGAGAACCCUGAAGGUCCAAGAUGCAGUACAACUCCAGGUAACAGGAAGAAGAUAAGUGGAAGCAUGCCAAGAUAAUAGGUCUCCUUUGUAGGAGAGUGACAGGAGAAGGGAACACCAGGGACAGCAUGGUAAUGCUGCUGCAUGCUGAUCUUGCUGAUGUGUUUGUCAGAAUCUGACAAGGAGUCAGAAGAAAAGUCUCUACACCGUACAGCUUUACAUGAGGAGAUAUUCAGCAUGACUGAGCGCAGAACAGGGGGUACAGGUCUACUGGCUGGACACUUCAGUGCUGACCUUUCUAAGAGGCUCCAGAAAUAGAUGCAGAGAGCAAGCAAAUGCUCAAGUUGGCCCGUUGACAUGAAGUUGGAGGGUAGACUGGCACAAGUAUCAAUGCCCAGUUUGACAAGGAUGGUGCUAAGGCUGCUACUUGAUGACUUAAGACUACUGGAGGAGAGGAGGACAACAGGAAUAUCUGGCCAUGUGGAGCUACACAGAAGCGAAUUUUCUUCUUUUCUCACUGCUUGUGCAAGACUCCACAGCAGCUGCAGGGAAAUCUCGGAUCAAGAGGUUAAGUCAAGAGAGACAUGGAGAAGGGUUUUUCGUAGGUGUCUUCUUAGCCAGUCUUCCCAAGAGUUAACCUUCCACACACUGUUGCAGACAAUGAAGGCAGAGCCAAGCACUCCUGUGUGUGAUCUGGCAACAGGAGCAGUGUACAGAUUUAGGGGUUAGGAAAUCUUUGUAGCUUGCUUAAACACAAACUGAAGCCUGAAGGAAGGGGCAGUGAGGGCAGCUUCUCAAGCACGUGACUGGCAAACGGCAGGCCUGGAAUUGUCAGUCACUUAUAGGCAAAAUCUUGCACUGGCAAGUGUUGCAAGAAUAAGGAGGUUUUUGGCAAAGUCAGCAAAAUCUGGGGAAAGCAAAAAAAAUAUACAACAAGAACUACAGUGAAAAAUCAAGCAAUGAGGAACAUUCUUAUUAAGUAGUGUGUUUGAGAGGA